AUGGAAUUUUGUCAAGAAUCAUGCAAUGGCAAUGUUUCGCUAGGAUUCAACCCUAAGGACCCAUUGAACUGGGGCAUGGUGGCAGAGUCACUGAAAGGAAGCCAUCUAGAUGAGGUCAAGCGCAUGAUUGAGGAGUCCAGGAAGCCUGUGGUCAAGUUAGGAGGUGAGAACCUGACCAUAGGCCAAGUAACAGCAAUUGCUAGCCGUGACGUUGGUGUCAAGGUAGAGUUGUCCGAGGGGGCUCGAGUUGGUGUCAAGGCCAGCAGUGACUGGGUCGUGGACAGCAUGAACAAGGGCACAGACAGUUAUGGUGUUACCACUGGUUUUGGUGCAACCUCUCAUAGAAGAACCAAGCAAGGCGGAGAGCUUCAAAAGGAGCUUAUAAGGUUCUUGAAUGCUGGUAUCUUUGGUAAUGGCACAGAGACUAGCCAUACAUUGCCUCAUUCGGCAACUAGGGCAGCUAUGUUGGUUAGAAUCAACACCCUGCUUCAAGGUUAUUCAGGCAUAAGAUUUGAGAUCUUGGAAGCUAUUACCAAGUUGCUCAACCACAACAUCACUCCGUGUUUGCCACUGAGAGGAACGAUUACUGCCUCCGGUGACCUUGUCCCAUUGUCCUAUAUUGCUGGCCUUUUGACAGGCAGGCCUAAUUCUAAGGCCGUCGGACCCAACGGAAAAGCCUUAGCCCCAGCGGAAGCCUUUACACUAGCUGGGAUUAAUGGUGGAUUUUUCGAGUUGCAACCAAAGGAGGGUCUAGCACUAGUAAAUGGCACUGCAGUCGGUUCUGGUCUAGCUUCGAUGGUGCUUUUUGAGACUAAUGUGUUGGCAAUCCUAUCAGAAGUGUUGUCGGCAAUAUUUGCUGAAGUCAUGCAAGGAAAACCUGAGUUUACUGAUCACUUGACACAUAAAUUGAAGCAUCAUCCUAGCCAAAUCGAAGCUGCAGCCAUCAUGGAACAUAUUUUGGAUGGUAGCUCCUAUGUUAAAGCAGCUCAAAAGUUGCAUGACAUUGAUCCUCUACAGAAGCCUAAAAAAGACAGAUAUGCUCUCCAAACAUCUCCACAAUGGCUUGGCCCUCUGAUUGAAGUGAUUAGAACCUCAACAAAAAUGAUCGAGCGAGAAAUCAACUCUGUCAAUGAUAAUCCAUUGAUUGACGUAUCAAGGAAUAAGGCUAUUCAUGGAGGGAAUUUCCAGGGGACCCCUAUUGGUGUUUCCAUGGAUAACACUCGUUUGGCCAUUGCUUUAAUUGGCAAACUCAUGUUUGCGCAAUUCUCUGAACUUGUUAACGACUUUUACAACAACGGUUUGCCUUCAAACCUCACUGGUGGCCGCAAUCCAAGCUUGGAUUACGGGUUCAAAGGUGCUGAAAUUGCCAUGGCAUCUUACUGCUCAGAGGUCCAAUUCCUUGCCAAUCCUGUCACCAAUCAUGUACAAAGUGCUGAGCAACACAACCAAGAUGUUAACUCCCUAGGCUUGAUUUCUUCAAGAAAAACAGCUGAAGCUGUUGAUAUAUUGAAGCUCAUGUCUACCACGUUCUUGGUUGCUCUAUGCCAAGCCAUUGACUUGAGGUACAUAGAGGAGAACCUAAAGAACACAGUCAAGAACACCGUGAGCCAAGUUGCCAAGAGAGUUCUGACAAUGGGCUUCAACGGCGAGCUUCACCCUUCAAGAUUUUACGAAAAGGACUUGCUCAAGGUUGUGGACAGAGAACAUGUCUUUGCCUACAUUGAUGACCCUUGCAGUGCAACCUACCCAUUAAUGCAGAAACUAAGGCAAGUUCUAGUCGAUCACGCCCUGAUGAAUGGUGAGAAGGAAAAGAGCUUAAGCACUUCGAUUUUCCAAAAGAUUGGAGCCUUUGAGGAUGAACUGAAGACCCUUUUGCCUAAAGAAGUAGAAAGUGCUAGACUUGAAGUUGAGAAUGGAAAUCCAGCCACUCCAAACAGGAUUAAGGAAUGCAGGUCAUACCCCCUGUACAAGUUUGUGAGGGAAGAGUUGGGAACUGGUUUGCUAACCGGUGAGAAGGCUAGAUCACCUGGCGAGGAGUUUGACAAGGUUUUCACAGCUAUCUGUACAAGGAAGUUGAUUGAUCCCAUGCUGGAAUGCUUGAAGGGAUGGAACGGUGCUCCUCUUCCUAUUUGCUAA